AGUUAAUCUGUAAUCUCUGACCUCUGGCGGCGGGGGCGGGGCGGCACUCCGAGGUGCCCUGGCGCGCUCGCCUCUUCCGUGGGCCUGCGCCCGGUCCAGUCCCCAGCCCCACGCUCGGGCCUCUCUCCCGCCGCAUGUGCCCAGGCGCGGUACCCCCGGCCCGAGAUGCGGUAGGAGCGGUGCUCGAGAACCCCCGGCGCCACCAACUCGUCGCCCGGCCCAUGGCGACCCCCGGCCUGGGGCUGGUCUUGGCCCUCAGCCUCCCGCUGCUGCCGGCCCGCCGGGGCCAGGCCUGGGGGCAAACACUGAACCCUCUCGCGGAUGGAAACAGCACGCAUAUACCCACUGGCGGCGGCUCCAGUGGGGGGCUGUCUCAGGAAGCCAUCACAGCCAUCAUCGUAGUCUUCUCCAUCCUGGGUGUCCUGCUCCUGGCCGUGGGGCUGGCCCUGCUGGUGCGGAAACUUCGGGAGAAGCGGCAGACGGAGGGCACCUACCGGCCCAGCAGCGAGGAGCAGUUCUCCCAUGCAGCUGAGGCCCGAGCCCCCCAGGACUCCAAGGAGACGGUGUCGGGCUGCCUGCCCAUCUAGGUCUCCUCCCCAUGCCGGUCUCCCUUCCUUGCUGUGUGACCUUGGGGCAGGCAGAGCCCUCUCGGGGCAAUCAGACCCACCCAGUGCUUUAGCAGGGAAGAAGGUGCUUCCAAGACUUUGCUCUCAGGGCAAAGGAGGGUGGAGCUGUUCCCUCUUUAUAUAUUUAUAUAAAACUGUUAGUGAGACCUAAUAAAAGCUGUUUUCGA